CCGCGCCCCUCGGUCUCCCGUGGUUCAUCGGUUACACGCCCCGCUGUGACUUCCGGACGCGGGACCCCCGGCGGAGCCGACGUAAAGUACUACUGCGCGUCGCAGCAGUGAGCAGCUAAAUCAGCGACGACUCGUUUUCAACGUUUGCCCGCCCGGGCGGGAUAUAACAGGUGGGCCAGGCCAGGCCCACGCGCACGCGGGCAGCCGCCACCGGCGUGCAGCUCUGCGUGGGCUUUCUCCUUCGACGCGUACUUCAACGGCCGGCAGCCCAAGGCCCCUUUCGCAUGGGAGUCGUGUAGGUACGUACACCGCACGAGAGCGCGCGCUCACGCGUGCCUGUGUGUGCCUUCGAGAAGUGGCCGUCGUCUGGAAGGAGGACGUUGUGUGUGACGCGAUCGCCAGAUGCGGACGGAUGCUGUCCCGGCUUCGAAGACCGGGCUGCUGAACGGCGACUCCGAUACGCAUAGUAACAACGCCCCGGGCCAGUGGCGCUCGCGGGGACCGUCCUGUUCCUCGGAAGUUUCUGUGAAAAAAGCUCCAUCAGCACGAUUCGGCAACUACGUCACUGAUACUGUGCGUACUGUGCCAACUGCCUGGUGCGCGCUUACGGAGGUGAAUGUGCGUUCUUCUAAGUGCGGAGUUUCGGUUCGACUUAGAAGGAAAAUCGAAAAAUUCCAGUUUGAAAGAUCGCCUCCACGCAGUUCACUACUGAUGGCCACUAAGUCUUCCAUCAUGGGCAAGUAGACUCGUUCGUCGAAUGACAGAAGUGCUGUAGGUCACAGUCGUCGAAAUACGAGGGGCUCCUCAAAUGCUUAGGCAUGUAAUAUACGUGUACGUUGGUUCGAUACCCUUAUUUUGAUAUUCUUAAGAAUAUAUUCGUGGGUCGUACGCCGGUGAUCAAAGUGAUCUGUUUCCUACUAAAAGUUCGUUUCCUGAGCCGCUGUGAGAUUACCGCUUGCCAUUAUAGUAGCGGAUAACGAGGAACAGAUCGAACCAGGUCUAUGUUUAGCGGUGAUCAGUCACGACACGACUUGUACGUCGCCGGAGGAUUGCUAAAACGAGGAGGCUGGCUUCCAAGGUCGAGGUAAGCGGGAAAGUCAUCUUCAUUCUCCCAUUAAAUUAAUGUGUUGACGCGUCAGUCGUCGAAAUUGUUUGAGUACCGGACGUGCCGAUAUGUAGCUGCUAAAGCGCAUAUAGAUAUAGAGAUGCUAAAAAACGAUACAACUGUAAAAUAGUGAAUGAAACAGGUUGACACCGUUGGAAAGCAUUCUGCUAACACUAAUUGAACAUAUAUGACUCAAGGUUAAUCAAUAUUCCUUAGUAGGUUGUCUUUCUAUAUAUCGGCGUACUAUGCAUAGGCAGCGUACUGGAAGUCGUAUGCGCUGAUUGCACCUUGUAAGAAAACUACGUACGUUCGAAAUUAACUGUAUGUUCUUUUUUUUUUUUUUUUCAUUUCAACUGUCCAUGUUAGCCAUUCCUGUGUACUCUUCUAAUCAAUACAGUAAUGACCCACAAAGGAAUAUUCCCACCGUGACGACGCAGUUGGCUGACACCCUGACCCUAUAUGAGCGGGUCGUCAACUUCACGUCAUAUGGGACGCAUGUCGCAUGCCUGAAGCAACGGCAUGAACCCACCUCUGCGCUAUGAAUAUCGAGCUUAGAGAACAGCGGUUUCGCGAAGGAUAACAUCAUUCGAUUUUUCCCAGUCGUCGAAUAAGCGUGAACGCCGAUCACGCGCUCGAUGGGUGCUGUUCGUGAAUUUCAGGAACAGGUGUGUCAGUGAGUAGUACAGCGUUCCGCACUUUUUCACGGAAAGGUCGGUGCUUCAUGCACCAUCAGCCGCCUUUCUUCAGACCUAAGUGGACCUUUCUGCAGAGAAUCUAUAGGCUUUCGACUGGCAUGACAGAUUGCGGGAAUGUCCACUACAACCUGCGACCUGCCGCAUCGUUCGGUCGAAACCCACUUCCCCGAAAGCGACCGCUGCUGUAGUGACCAACCCGUACUCCGUAGACACCCAUCUGUCGCUUUUUUCGUGUCUUUGACCUUGUCUGAAGGGUCUUGAGAAGUCUGACUGUUCGUGGCAGUAUAAUACUGUACACUCUGCGGUACAAGUCGGCUUAACUCGCAUCGUGAUCGAAAAGUUCGCUGACCUAUAGGUAUUCCUUUUUUACUGGAAUUUCUCGAAAAGUCAAAACUCGUAGUGCUGUAUGGUGGCCGAGCGUUUUACUGAGCGUGCGUGCUGAACGGUGCAAUUCAGCGCGGCCUCGAGUCUCGACGGCAAAGUUGAAGCCCCGUAGCACCUUCCUAUACAGGGACCGUCGUCCACAUCUGUUGCCUCUCUCAUAUAAGUCGACCUCUACUGGAAAGUCUUAAGAGAAGUUUUAAAACUCCUGUGUAGCUUUCAAUUAUAGCUAAUGGUGCGAUCCGGCAUGGCUCGCCUCGGGAUCGGAAAGCUGAAGCCCACCGCCCUGCUAGCGACCGUGGCCGUUCUGGGCCUCUACUACGUCCUGCUCAAGACUUCGCUGGCUCCCGGGACGUUGCGACAGGCGCGUCAAUUCAAACCGAAACGGCGCAGCGUGCAGUCGUGCGUGCACGACCCAAUUCCGUGUCCCCGACUGCGCUACGCCCACGGGCGGCUGGGCGACGGCAACGCGACCCGCAACUCGACGUGGCUGAUCGACCUGCGCGACUUCGCCUACCUGCUGGACGCGCCGCCGUGCGCCGACGCCCCGGGUCGCGAAGCGGCGCUGCUGGUCCUCGUGCACUCGGCCGCGGCCCACUUCGCCGAGCGUGACGUCAUCCGCAGCACGUGGGGCGCCGGAUGGCCGAGGAGCAACGUGACGACCAGGGUCGUCUUCAUGCUGGCCAGGACGCCCGGGGACCCGGCGCUCGAAGAGCGGAUGGAACGCGAGAACCGCAGGUACGGCGACACGGUCCAGGGAAACUUCGUGGACUCGUACCGUAACCUGACGUACAAGCACGUGAUGGCGCUGCGGUGGGCCUCGACGCGGUGCGGUUCCGCCGCCAUGGUGCUCAAGAUGGACGACGACAUCUUCGUGCACGUCUUCCAGUUGGCCGCCAUACUGGACAAGGUGGCGGCGUCGCUCAAGCCCAAGGUCCUCUUCUGCUACGUGCAGAAGCAGAUGCCCAUCUCCAGGAGCGUGGGCAGCAAGUGGAAGGUCACGGAAAGCGAAUACCCGGGCUCCUUCUUCGAGGACUACUGUUCCGGCUGGGCCUACCUGGCCGACAUGGCCGCCGUCCGGGCCAUGGCUACCGAGGCCCAGUACCGCCCUUACUUCUGGGUCGACGACGUCCACGUCACCGGCACCCUGGCCCGGAUGGGUGGCGUCUCUCGGUCCAGGAUCAACCACAAGUACACGACCGAGGCGGACUCCCUGGCCCUGUGGGCCAAGCCCGGAGACCCGAGGGACUCCGGGCUGCUGGACUGGGGCUACGCCUUCGGACCGACAUGGGGUGACGUGGCGCUCGUGGCCAGGGCGCACCGCAAGGCCCUCUGGUGCCGGAGGCGCGCCUGCAAAUGCUGUUUCAAGGCGGUCAGUGCGAACGCUGGCGGCGCCACCAACGGCAGUUCGGCCAAGAACGGCGUGAUCGGCAAGGCCGUGGUGAAACCCUUGUCCGGAGUCUAGUCAUCAAUUUUUUGUUUUGU